AUGACUUCCACAACUUUCAUGGAUCUCCCAAAGGAGAUCAGAUCAAUGGUUUUUGCUGAGCUAGUCUCGAUCAAGAACAACGUCGGGUGGCAACGUAUUUCGCCGCGAGGUGGUGGAAAUUGGCCAAAUUCGACAUUAACCUGGAAGGUACCAUUUGAACUUUUCGUCUUAAAUAGACAGCUCUCAGAGGAAGCUCUGAUAUCAUUCUAUCGGGAAAAUAAGCUCGUGAGUAUUCGCUCGCAUGCUAUAGAUUUCCUGGAGGAUGCCUCAUGUGUAAUUCCUUUGAAGCGUGUGAGUGUUUUCGAAUUCGAGGCACCCAGUGGCGACUCGAGCCAUGUUGCUCUUAACGUUGAUCUUUCUUUCGCUAAGAAAAACCCCGAAAGGGCAAGUGGGAGCCAUGUACCAGACGUUACGAUUGCUUUUUAAUGUCUGGUGAGGAACUUCCUAAGCUUGUUCGGCUAAUGAACGUCCAGUUGAACAUGGUGGAAGAUGAACGGGCUUUCAGCUCCCAUCAGCCUUUCAGCAUCCAUCUUGAUUCUGGAUCAUCUUCACGCUUCUAUAGAGAUAAUACAAAGUUGGCGGGGGAAUUAGCCGAUAAGCUAAAAGGCCUUCGCCAAUUUGAAGAGUGGACGCCCGAUCCAACAGCCCCUGCUCUAGUCAACCCUGGCUGGAGAAAUGUCGUCAUUAGCAACUUUAUGGCCUAUUUCAUGCUUGACAGUAUUUGGGUGAGUAUCGGCAAAAUUAUCUAUUACUCUUCCGGGGACCCUUCGGACCAAUAUCGCGAGGCCUGCUCUUUACGGGGUCAGGUGGGUCCGAUUUAUGUAGGCCUCCUUUUAUCUUCUGCCAGAGCUUCGGAGAAGCUAAAGGGGUUCCCAUCAUGUUCGCUAUACUUUAAAGCUCCAUAA